AUGUCAGAUCAGAGGAUAUUCACAAGAUAUAAGGCCAAUGAGAUCAGGUCUGAGUUACAGAUUGUUGAUGUGAAAAAGAUAAAAUCUGGUGUCGCCAAAAAAAAAAAUGCGUUAAGAAAGAUAAUUGCAAAUCUAACUUUAGGUAAUUAUUCUGAGAUGUUACUUUUAUUGCCUGAGAUUUUAAAGUUUUGGAAGAUAGAAGAUGAUAUGGAAGUUAAACGAAUUUGUCAUGAGUAUAUUAGAACCAUCGGGUCAAUUAAACCAAGAAGUACCGUGGAAUCAUUACCAUUUAUAUUAAAUGAUUUACGCAGUAGAAAUGAAAAAGUUCAAAUUAUGGCUUUGGAAACUUUGGUAUCUAUACCUUUCAGUAAAUUUUCAGAAGAAGCAUUUGAUUUUAUUAUUCAUUUAACUAAUAAAAAGACAGUUCCAGAACAAUUAAUGAAAAAUGCUAUUUAUUCCUUGGUUCAAUUAGAUGAUUAUGAUCAUGAAAGAGUAAUGUCAUUAUUAAAUCUAUUAUACGAUAUUGUUAAUCACCAAAUAGAAAAACCAACUAUUCAAAUAGCUGCAUUAAAUGCCCUUUGUAUGAUUCAUGACGUAGAUGGAAAUUCUCAACCUGUUCAUAUAUCAGUGGAAACUGCUUUUAAUAUAUUGGAAUUACUUCCUACUUUGAAUGAAUGGGAUUCAGCUACAUUGUUAGAGAUUUUACCUAUAACAGUAGUUCCGCAAACCCAUGAUAAUGCAUAUGAUAUGAUUGAUAUGGUAUUACCACAUCUUCAACAUGUUAAUUCUGCUGUAUCACUCAGUGCUUUGAAAAUGGUUCUUUAUUUACUAAACUAUAUUGAAGAAGUUAAUCAAACAAUUAUUAAAAGAUUAUCAAAUUCUGUUAUAGCACUUUUGGAAAAACCAGCAGAGUUGCAAUUCCUCGUUCUAAGAAAUGUGAUCCUAUUAUUGUUGAGUAGAGAUCAAUCAUUACUGAAAUUUGAUGUUCCAUAUUUUUUUAUCGAAUAUAAUGACCCAAUAUAUAUUAAGGAUACAAAGCUUGAGUGUCUUUACCUUUUAUCAAAUGAGGGAACAUUGCCGCAAAUAUUGGAUGAACUGGAAGAACAUGCUACCGAUAUUGAUAUACAAAUGUCUAGAAAGGCAGUUAGAGCUAUUGGUAAUCUGGCAGUUAAGUUAGGCGAAAGUUCAGCCGGAAAAUGUGUGGACAUCCUGUUACACCUACUUGAAUUUGGGGUGGAUUACGUUAUUCAAGAAAUAAUCUCAGUGUUCAGAAAUAUAUUGAGAAAAUAUCCUAAGGAUUUUAAAAAUGAUGUGAAAACUUUAGUAAAAUAUGUUGAUUAUGCUCAGGAUACUGAAUCGAGGAAUGCAAUGAUCUGGAUUAUUACACACUAUUCAGAUAUCCUGCCAGAUUAUUUGACACUCUUCGAAACUUUUUGUACUAAUGUAUUGAAUGAAUCCCCCGAAGUUCAAUUUUCUGUUUUAACCUCAAGUAUAAAAUUCUUUGUUAGAUAUCCAUCGAUUGAAACUGAAAAAUUAUGCAUAUGCUUAUUACGUGAGUGUACCGAAGAUGCAAAUAAUCCAGAUCUUCGAAGCCGGGCGUUUAUGUAUUGGAGGUUGUUAUCUCUGGCUAGAGAGGAUGGUAGUAAUGUAACGAAUGAAAUAUUAAAGGACAUUGUUGAUGGAGAACUACCGAAAAUAGAACUGAACACAAAAUUAGACCCUAUUGUUUUAGAGGAGUUAGAACUGAACGUUGGUAGCAUAACAUCUAUUUAUCUAAAGCCCACGUCCCAGAUAUUUAGGAUGAGUUCCCUGAAAAGUUUACCAAACAGCCCUGUAUUAAAUUCCGAUAAGUCUCUGUUGAAUGUGAUUGAUGAUCUAAGAUCGAUCGGAAUUUCAAAUUCAAAUGAUCGGUUAAAUGGAAAAAACCAUAACUCUAAUAAAAAUAACAAUCCGGUAGUUCACACCAUGAGUGAUUUUGAUAAGCCUGCUGAAAAGGUUAAUCAUUUAAAGGGUAGUAGAAAAUCGAGUAUUAGUAGUCCGUCGAAACUGGCAAGGAAACCGUCAAUGCUGAUGAGAAAACUGACUUUAAAGAAGAAAUUUUAA